AAGGAGGGCUCCCGCCGGGUGAGCGCCGGGCCGCUGGGUGACCCGGCUCCUGCUUGCCCCGCAGCCCCGGCCCCCUGCCCACCAUGAACGCCAGCGGCUCGGGCUACCCGCUCGCCUCACUCUACGUGGGCGAUCUGCACCCCGACGUGACCGAGGCCAUGCUCUAUGAGAAAUUCUCUCCCGCCGGCCCCAUCCUGUCCAUCCGCGUGUGCCGCGAUGUGGCCACCCGGCGCUCGCUGGGCUACGCCUACAUCAACUUCCAGCAGCCCGCGGACGCGGAGCGGGCACUGGACACGAUGAACUUUGAGAUGCUCAAAGGCCAGCCUAUUCGCAUCAUGUGGUCCCAGCGAGACCCAGGACUUCGCAAGUCAGGUGUGGGCAACAUCUUCAUCAAGAACCUGGAGGACUCCAUUGACAACAAGGCUUUAUAUGAUACCUUCUCCACCUUUGGGAACAUCCUCUCUUGCAAGGUGGCGUGUGACGAGCAUGGCUCCCGGGGUUUCGGCUUUGUCCAUUUUGAGACCCAUGAGGCCGCACAGCAGGCCAUCAACACCAUGAAUGGGAUGCUGCUGAAUGACCGCAAAGUCUUUGUGGGCCACUUCAAGUCUCGACGGGAGCGGGAGGCGGAGCUGGGGGCACGGGCCCUGGAGUUCACCAACAUCUACGUGAAGAACCUCCCGGUGGAUGUGGACGAGCAAGGCCUGCAGGACCUCUUCUCCCAGUUUGGGAAAAUGCUGAGUGUGAAGGUGAUGAGGGACAACAGCGGCCACUCGCGGUGCUUUGGCUUUGUCAACUUUGAGAAGCAUGAGGAAGCCCAGAAGGCUGUGGUCCAUAUGAACGGGAAGGAGGUGAGUGGGCGGCUGCUGUACGCGGGCCGGGCCCAAAAGCGCAUGGAGCGGCAGAAUGAACUGAAGCGCCGGUUUGAGCAGAUGAAGCAGGACCGGCUGAGGCGUUACCAGGGUGUGAACUUGUACGUGAAGAACCUGGACGACUCCAUUGAUGACGACGAACUGAGGAAAGAGUUCUCUCCCUAUGGAGUGAUUACCAGUGCGAAGGUGAUGACAGAGGGUGGCCACAGCAAGGGGUUUGGCUUUGUGUGUUUUUCCUCCCCAGAAGAGGCGACAAAGGCCGUGACAGAGAUGAACGGGCGCAUCGUGGGCACCAAGCCACUCUACGUGGCGCUGGCCCAGCGCAAAGAGGAGCGGAAGGCCAUUUUGACCAACCAGUACAUGCAGCGCCUCUCCACCAUGCGGACCCUGAGCAACCCCCUCCUGGGCUCCUUUCAGCAGCCCUCCAGCUACUUCCUGCCUGCCGUGCCCCAGCCUCCAGCCCAGGCUGCAUACUAUGGCUGUGGCCCAGUGACACCCACCCAGCCUGCCCCCAGGUGGACGUCCCAGCCACCUAGGCCUUCCUCUGCCUACCCUCCAGGUGCCUCGAUGGUCCGGCCACCAGUCGUGCCUCGGCGCCCGCUGGCCCCCAUCAGCAGUGUCAGGCAGGCCUCCACCCAGGUGCCACGCACGGUGCCUCAUACCCAGAGAGUAGCCAACAUUGGUACUCAGACCACAGGACCCGGUGGGGUAGGAUGCUGUACACCAGGCCGGCCUCUCCUGCCGUACAAAUGUUCCCCAGCAGCACAUAGCACCUAUCGGGUCCAGGAGCCGGCUGUGCACAUCCCGGGACAGGAGCCCCUGACCGCGUCCAUGCUGGCUGCUGCGCCCCUGCAUGAGCAAAAGCAGAUGAUUGGGGAGCGUCUCUACCCCCUUAUCCAUGAUGUCCACACCCAGCUGGCUGGCAAGAUCACGGGCAUGCUGCUGGAGAUCGACAACUCGGAGCUGUUGCUCAUGCUGGAGUCUCCAGAAUCCCUCCAUGCCAAGAUCGACGAGGCAGUGGCCGUGCUGCAGGCACACCAGGCUGUGGAGCAGCCGAAGGCGUACAUGCACUGAAACCAGAAAAGGAAAUCCUUGCUUCCAUGGCUGCCAAAAGGACAGUGUUUCUGGCUCUCAGCCCUAAGGCCCUGCAAACUCUAACUUAUUUCCCAAUUAGUCUGUAUCUAUACUUGGGCUCUGUAUGUGAAUGAAGGUUGGUCACCCAUCCAGCCUAUUACCUUUUGCUUUAUGUAUUAAAAGUGCUGCAAAAUCUG